UCCUCAGGAAAAGCUCAUCCUCCCGUCGUGAUUUAAGAUUCCUGCUGAGAGGAAACUUUACGUGAAGGACUAGGUUAUUUUGAGCAAAACUUGAGGGCCAAAAUGCCGACAGAAUUCACGGAUGAAUAUCAGCCUCUGCUUAUAAAAGAAAUCAAAGAUAAAAAGCAACCAAAGUUUCCAAACAGAACACUUGUGCUGGCUGCGUGUGCUGCGUGUAUAGGGGGGACCUUUCAGUAUGGCUAUAAUGUGUCUGUCAUCAAUGCACCCACAAUGCAUGUGCACAGUUUCAUCAACCAAACCUGGAGGGAGCGUUACCAAACUGACAUAUCCACAGAUGUUCUCACCCUGCUUUGGUCCACCAUUGUGUCCAUAUUCACCAUUGGGGGACUUAUAGGAGCAACAGUCGGUGGGACGUUGUCUGUGAAGCUGGGGAGGAAGGGGGCACUGUUAGCCAAUAAUGUGUUUGCAUUACUGGCUGCUCUCCUGAUGGGUCUGAGUUACCCUACGGGAUCAUUUGAGUUACUCAUCAUUGGACGUCUUCUCACUGGAUUGAAUGCAGGCAUUGGCCUUUGUGUUCAGCCUCUGUAUUUGGGGGAAAUAGCUCCGACUGCAUUUCGUGGUGCCAUGGGAAUGGGAACCUCUAUUUUCCUCACUGCUGGGAUCUUGGCAGGACAAGUGAUUGGCCUCAAAGAGCUCCUGGGCAAAGCAGAGUACUGGCCCAUCCUGCUCUCCACCACAUGUAUCCCAGCGAUCCUGCAGCUCCUCAUCCUGCCCUGGUUCCCUGAGAGCCCACGUUACCUGCUCAUUGACAAAGGAGAUGAUGAGGGAUGUAAGAAAGCUCUGAAGCAGCUGCAUGGUGCAGUUGGCUGUGAAGGUGGAUGGGAGGAUAUUGAGAAGGAGAGGAAUAAUUUAGCCAAUUUCCAGGCCAAGAAGCCCUGGGAGCUCUUCACUGAUCGCAGUGUCCGCUGGCAGCUUCUCACCAUCAUGCUGCUCAACAUGGCACAACAGCUGAAUGGCAUCAAUGCUAUUUACUUCUAUGCAGGUUACUUGUUCAGACAGGCUGGUAUUCCUGCUGAUAAAAUACCAUAUGUGACCGUUGGCACUGGGGCCUGUGAAUGCAUCACAGCUUUAACAUGUGGUAUGCUCAUCGACUGUCUGGGAAGGAAAGUGCUCAUCAUGGGAGGAUAUACACUAAUGAGCAUCUGCUGCAUUUUAUUCACACUGACGCUCUCUUUUCAGGAUGCCAGCCCGAUAGUUCCAUACUUGAGCCUGGCGUGUGUAUUUGCCUUUAUCCUCAGUUUUGGCUUAGGCCCAGGUGGCAUAACCAACAUCUUGACCACUGAGCUGUUCACGCAGACCACACGGCCUGCAGCGUACAUGAUCGCAGGGUUUUUGAACUGGUUCAGUUUCUUCUUCAUCGGCCUGGUCUUCCCUUUUAUCGUGAUCGGGCUGCAGCAGUACUGUUUCCUGGUGUUUUUGGCCGUCUGCUCCUUGAUGGCGAUCUACAUUUUCUUUGUUGUUCCUGAAACCAAGAACAAAACGUUUGUCGAAAUCCACAAUGAGUUCCACUCAUCCAACAACAGAAAGGCUCGCAGUGCUGACGGAGCAGGGACGACACUGUUAUCUACUUCAAUAUGAAGUAUAACCCAUAACUCAGGGGUCGAGCAUUUGUUAUUUAUUUUAUGUCUCACAACAUUUAUGUUACAAAGAUGAGCAUCUGCCAUGACGAUUUUAGUCCACAGAUCACUGUAGAAAAUGUGACAUGUUACCUGUAAACUCUGGUGCCUGGCUUGAACUGCCUUGAGAUGUAUAAACACAUCUCUAAAGUUCACUUACAGAAAUAAGUCUUAAUAUGUAAAAUUUUGGUACAAUAAAAAUC